AUGGACAAGAACCCUCAAACGUCCCACGACGACGAAUCCAUCCAGCCAAAAUGGCAUCCUUCUUAUCGAGAUCGCACCCUUCGCCGCCUCUGCGUUGCUGUCUGCCUCCUACUCGCUAUCUGGACGUUCGCACGCUCGCUUCUUCCCUAUCUGUCUGCUUGUCACCAUUCCGAUCGGCAAAGAGUAGCUGGGGAUGAGUUUCCCCAGAUCAGUAUUCGGAACAAUACACGCAGGGUCUCGUUCGAGGCGCACAUCAUGUCCAAAUGUCCCGAUGCAAAGGCCUGUCUACAGGAGCUAGUUGUGCCGGCCAUGGAAAAGGUUAGCGAUAAGGUCGACUUCGAGCUGAGAUAUAUUGGAAGCGUCGACCCCAACUCCGAUGCCAUAUCCUGCAUGCACGGGCCCCCCGAAUGCCUAGGCAACAUGAUCCUUCUCUGCGCCGCCCAGCUCUAUCCCGACCCCAAGCUCUCUCUCGGCUUCGCGAACUGUAUGAUCAACGACUACCACGACAUUCCUUCACGCGAUCUGGUCGAGUCGUGUGCCAUGGAGCAUGGGAUCGAUUUCAAGAAGAUCAAUGGCUGCAUUAGCGAAGAAGGAAAGGCGCAAGGUUUAUUGAAGGACAGCGUGGAGAGAUCGGCUGAGGCGAAUGUAAGCACAAGCUGUACGAUAAGAUUGGAGGGGAAGACGUGGUGUGUGACGGAUACGAAGAAGGAUUGUAAUGAUGGUGGUAACUUGGAUGGGCUGAUUAAAGAUGUUGAAAGUGCUUAUGAGGACCUUAACUCGUAA